AUGGGAGAGGACAUGGAGAGGAUAUGGAGAGGACAUGGAGAGGACAUGGAGAGGACAUGGGAGAGGACAUGGGAGAGGACAUGGAGAGGACAUGGAGAGGACAUGAGACAGGACAUGGAGAGGAUAUGGAGAGGACAUGGGAGAGGACAUGGAGAGGACAUGGAGAGGACAUGGGAGAGGAAAUGGGACGGGACAGGACAUGGGAGAGGACAGGAAGAGGACAUGGGAGAGGACAUGGGACAGGACAUGGAGAGGACAUGGGAGAGGACACGGAGAGGACACAGAGAGGACACGGAGAGGACAUGGAGAGGACAUGGGAGAGGACAUGGAGAGGACAUGGGAGAGGACAUGGAGAGGCCAUGGAAGAGGACAUGGGAGAGGACAUGGAGAGGACAUGGAGAGGACAUGGGACAGGACAUGGGAGAGGACAUGGAGAGGACAUGGGAGAGGACAUGGAGAGGACAUGGAGAGGACAUGGAGAGGACAUGGGAGAGGACAUGGGAGAGGAAAUGGAAAGGACAUGGGAGAGGACAUGGGAGAGAACAUGGAGAGGACAUGGGAGAGGACAUGGAGAGGACAUGGGAGAGGACAUGGGACAGGACACGGAGAGGACAUGGAGAGGACAUGGGACAGGACACGGAGAGGACAUGGAGAGGACAUGGCGAGGACAUGGGAGAGGACACGGAGAGGACAUGGGAGAGAACAUGGAGAGGACACGGAGAAGACAUGGAGAGGACAUGGAGAGGAUAUGGAGAGGACAUGGAGAGGACACGGAGAGGACACGGAGAGGACAUGGAGAGGACAUGGGAGAGGACAUGGAGAGGACAUGGGAGAGGACAUGGAGAGGACAUGGGAGAGGACAUGGAGAGGCAUGGAGAGGACAUGGAGAGGACAUGGGACAGGACAUGGAGAGGACAUGGAGAGGACAUGAGACAGGACAUGGAGAGGACAUGGGAGAGGACAUGGAAAGGACAUGGGAGAGGACAUGGAGAGGACAUGGAGAGGACAUGGAGAGGACAUGGGAGAGGACAUGGAAAGGACAUGGGAGAGGACAUGGGAGAGGACAUGGGACAGGACACGGAGAGGACAUGGAGAGGACAUGGGAGAGGACAUGGCGAGGACAUGGGAGAGGACACGGAGAGGACAUGGGAGAGAACAUGGAGAGGACAUGGGAGAGGACAUGGAGAGGACAUGGGAGAGGACAUGGGAGAGGACAUGGGAGAGGACAUGGAGAGGACAUGGGAGAGGAGAUGGGAGAGGACAUGGGAGAGGACAUGGAGAGGACAUGGGAGAGGACAUGGAGAGGACAAAGGAGAGGACAUGGAGAUGACAUGGGAGAGGACAUGGAGAGGACAUGGGAGAGGACAUGGAGAGGACAUGGGAGAGGACAUGGGAGAGGACAUGGAGAGGACAUGGGAGAGGACAUGGAGAGGACAUGGAGAGGACAUGGAGAGGACAUGGAGAGGACAUGGAGAGGACAUGGAGAGGGCAUGGGAGAGGACAUGGAGAGGACAUGGAGAGGACAUGGAGAGGGCAUGGGAGAGGACAUGGGAGAGAACAUGGAGAGGACAUGGGAGAGGACAUGGAGAGGACAUGGGAGAGGACAUGGACAGGACACGGAGAGGACAUGGAGAGGACAUGGGACAGGACACGGAGAGGACAUGGAGAGGACAUGGCGAGGACAUGGGAGAGGACACGGAGAGGACAUGGGAGAGAACAUGGAGAGGACACGGAGAGGACAUGGAGAGGACAUGGAGAGGAUAUGAAGAGGACACGGAGAGGACAUGGAGAGGACAUGGGCGAGGACAUGGAGAGGACAUGGAGAGGACAUGGGAGAGGACAUGGAGAGGCCAUGGGAGAGGACAUGGAGAGGACAUGGGACAGGACAUGGAGAGGACAUGGAGAGGACAUGGGACAGGACAUGGAGAGGACAUGGGAGAGGACAUGGGAGAGGACAUGGAGAGGACAAAGGAGAGGACAUGGAGAUGA